GGGCGCCGGGGCGAUGCGGGGCGGCGGGCCGCUAGGGCGGGCCGGGCUGGCUCUGCUCCUCAUGGCCGCCGCGUCCCGGGCCGGUGGGGAGCAGCCUCGGAGGCACAGCGUGGUGCUGGUGGCCUGCGACUCCCUGGAUGGACGCUUGACGUUUUAUCCAGGAAAUCAGACUGUGGAUUUGCCUUCCAUAAACUUUAUGAAAAGAUACGGCACUGUCUUUCUCAAUGCCUAUACCAAUUCUCCAAUUUGUUGUCCUUCCCGCGCAGCUAUGUGGAGCGGUCUUUUCACUCAUUUAACAGAAUCUUGGAAUAACUUCAAAGGUCUAGAUCCAGACUAUGUAACGUGGAUGGAUCUCAUGGAGAAGCAUGGCUACCGCACACAGAAGUAUGGGAAAUUGGACUAUACUUCUGGACAUCAUUCAGUAAGUAACCGUGUGGAAGCGUGGACUAGGGAUGUUGACUUCCUGCUCCGACAAGAAGGGAGACCAAUGGUAAAUCUUACUGGCGAUAGGAAGCAUGUGAGAGUGAUGGAAGCAGAUUGGCGGAAUACUGACAAAGCAGUAAAUUGGCUAAAGGAAGAAGCCACUAACCUUACUCAACCGUUUGUUCUUUACUUGGGACUGAAUUUACCACACCCAUAUCCAUCACCCUAUGCAGGAGAAAAUUUUGGAUCAUCUACAUUUUUAACAUCUCCCUAUUGGCUUGAAAAGGUAACUUAUGAAGCUAUUAAAAUACCCAAGUGGUCUUCUUUUUCAGAGAUGCAUCCAGUAGACUAUUACUCAUCUUACACCAAGAAUUGCACAGGAGAGUUUACAAAGCAAGAAGUGAAAAAUAUUAGAGCAUUUUAUUAUGCUAUGUGUGCUGAGACAGAUGCCAUGCUGGGUGAGGUUAUUUCAGCUCUGAGAGAUACUGGGCUUCUUAAAAAAACAAUCAUCAUAUUCACUGCAGAUCAUGGAGAACUUGCUAUGGAACACCGGCAGUUCUAUAAAAUGAGCAUGUAUGAAGGAAGUUCCCAUGUUCCUCUUCUAGUUAUGGGGCCAGGCGUAAAAGCACAGCAGCAAGUACCAAAUGUGGUAUCUCUUGUGGAUAUAUAUCCUACAAUGCUUGAUAUAGCAAGAAUUCCUGUCCCACAAAACCUCAGUGGAUAUUCUCUUACACCACUGCUACGUGGAAAGGCUGAAAACGAAGUGUCACCCAGAGGGCCUCGGCCCUCGUGGGUGUUGAGCGAGUUCCACGGAUGCAACACAAAUUCUUCCAUGUACAUGCUUCGAACCGGCACAUGGAAAUACAUCGCGUAUGCAGAUGGCCGUUCAGUACUCCCACAGCUGUUUGACCUUACUGCCGAUCCAGAUGAGCUAACAAACGUUGCCAUAAAAUUCCCGGUAGUUGCACAUUCCUUGGACAAACUGCUCCGCUCUAUAGUAAACUAUCCAAAGGUUUCCUCUUCUGUUCAGGAGUAUAACAAGAGACAGUUUAUCAGUUGGAAACAAAGUUUGGGUCAGAAUUACUCAAAUGUUAUUGCCAACCUUAGGUGGCAUCAAGACUGGUUAAAGGAACCUAAAAAAUACGAGAAUGCAAUUGACAAGUGGCUUAGUCAAAGUCGGUAAAUGGAAACAACCUACAUGUCUUAUAACGUGUUUUAUAAUAUGACUGAGGAUAUGCAAACGUUCUGCAUUUGUAAUAUUAUGCUCUAUUUCAAGUGUUAGAAUUAUUGUUUUAUAUAAGCUAUUGAAAGCAAAGAUGCCUGAUCAAUUAUCACUUUGUGUUAGAAGGCCAAAAGCUUUUUAUGUAACUAGCACAACAAAUCUAGACUUUUACAUGUUAUAAUUCUGUAACACUUAAGUAUACAUAGGAAGGAUCGUACAUAAGUACUAAUUACAUGUAUGGAAUAUUUAGCUGGUCGCAAAAAUGCAGAGUAUUAAGCAUUAGAACUCAACAGGGGUUUCCAUUUCUAAGGACAGUCUAAAGCAAAGAAUUUGAAAUGUAGUGUAGCAGGAUGCCAGUUCCAGGGGAAUGUGCUGGAGCCAACUUUCCAUACAGACAGAUUUUAAGUAUACAGUGAAUGCACUUUCGUCCACCUUAGAGAAGCUGUAGCGGUUAAAAUGUCGUCAACAGCUAGUAUUGGUCUGAAUGCAGAGGCAACUUGCUGAAGUACGUAGUGUGUCGGCAUUCCUGUUUUAUACAUGAUUGACUCCACCUUUUCAAGACCCACCUUCUAAUCUCUUGCUUUUGGAUCUGGUACUCACCACUCCGUGCUGUUUAAAUUUUCGCAGUAUGCGUGAGUUAAUUAAUUGGACAUGUGCACAAGUGAAGAGGAAUCUGGUCUCCGGUCACUGCCUGAAAUAAAAUAAAAAACCCAACCCAAAACAAACCCCUCUGACCCAGCCUGGGAGUAGAGCAGUCCCCUGAGAAGUGAUAGUGUGACCUGCAUAGUGUAAGACAAAAACUGCUUGAAUAAAUCUCCAUUGCACAGUUAGAUUCUGCAGGUUGAUGUGCCUCAAGGAGUGGAGAACUGGAACCUGCAGUGUGCAUAGAGGAGAUGCAACUGAAGCUUGUAGAAGAAGGUAACAUAAAGAUGCUAUUUUACAUAUUUCCCAUGGACCUGAUAAAAGAAACCAAAGCAGUUGGGAAGAAGGUAACGUUUAGCCAGUAACUGUUCCACUUAAGGAAAAAAAUGUAACUGCAGCAGCACUUGCAUUUGCUUAUUCUUGGUCACGGUUGUUGCUGCUAUAGUAACAAUUCAGGAUGACAUGAUCCUUCACACCUAAAUGCUUUCUGGAAUCGGCGAUGAAACGCUCCGCGGAAGCAGUAAGCUAGAGAAAGUAAACAUGAAAAGUCCAGGUCUUCUCUGGUGGCUAAGCACGCCACAUGCAUUUCGUAAGCUACUGACCGCACUAGAACUAGGUACAUAUUUAUGAAUAUUUUAGCCGUUUCAUGGUUUUGUGUUCAUAGAACAUUAAGACUAAGCUUUAUACUACUUACCACUACGGUAGCAGUUUUUCCCUUUUUUUUUUUCUUUCUGGUAGGCAGGGAACAAAUUAGUAGCCAAAAUAAACCUUCAAACAUUGUAGCACGUGUCAUUAUUAAUCUUGCUAAAAUGAGUUUGGAUAGUGAUGAAAUAAUUUCAACAAAAAACACAUCUCAGCAGUGUAAUGUAAAGCAGCUGCAUAAGAAGAGAAAAUAAAUAUAUCCAUAUGAAGGCUCAUUUAGCAGGGAAAAGAAUAAAUAGACUGAGCACUUUCCGGAGGUCUGGACAGAAUGCAGUACCUUGUGCGGGACAUAGCAACAUAAAAUUGUGGUGAACUGGA